GUAACUGCCCAGCAGUCAUUUAAUUAAUACUUGGUAUUAUUGAAUGCAAAGUGAAGAAAACCCUUCCCAAAACGGAGAAUAGAAAUCAUUACGUGACAAAAAAUAAUUGCAUAAAAAAGGAGUAUCCAUGGAUUUAGAAAUGUGCAAUGACUUACAAUGUGAAAAUGGAUCGGUGGAUCUAAACAUGAGGUAUAAUGACACCCAGUAUGAUGAAAACUAUACAUAUGGAUAUUAUUAUAUUGUGGACCAAAAUGUUGAAUUUUGGCAGGUACCACAACUGGUUGUCCUGAAUGUUCUCUUUCUGAUGAUUGUCCUCGGCAACACGUGCGUCCUUGUCGCUAUCUACAUGUCGGAAAAGGGAAUCAAGACAAGAAUGAACUAUUUGAUGAUGCACCUUGCAGUCGCAGAUCUGACGGUUGGGCUAUUUCACUUAACGGCCGAUAUUGUCGAGCGCUGGCUCGUGGUCUGGUACGGUGGCGCAGCUCUCUGCAAAAUUAUCAAGUUCCUUCAGGUUCUGGUAGUUUACUCAUCAACGUUUAUGAUUGUUGCCUUAAGUAUUGACAGAGCUGACGCUAUUGCUCGGCCAAUGAAAUUCACUAGAAAAGCUACCACAGUGAGAGCUCUCGUGAUCGGAGCGUGGAUUAGUUCAGCAAUAUUUUCUGUUCCAGCAUUCCUAUUCUUUGAUACUAUGCCUCUGAACGGAGAGUAUUAUUGUCUGAUGACACUGCAGAAUAGAUGGCAAUGGCAGUUAUACAUUACAUUGGUAGCACUGACAGCAUUAAUCAUACCUGCACUGAUAAUUGUUUCCUGUUACACAAUUAUCAUGUAUGCUAUCUGGGAAACGGGCCGUGGCUUAAACGCGUUGCAAUCUGCGCAUUCAUCUGCCAACAGAUCGCCUAUGCCAGGCAAUAACAAAGGAAUAAUUCCCCAAGCCCAGAUAAAAACUGUCAAGAUGACACUUAUUAUUGUCAUUAUGUUUGUGCUGUGCUGGUGUCCAUACUUCGUAUAUAACUUAAAGGACGUGUAUAGUGAAAUUGUUAACAAUUCCAAAACAUACCACGCCUUAACGUCGCUUAUACAGAGCUUAGCACCUCUAAACUCUGCAGCAAAUCCUAUAAUUUAUGGCGUAUUUGGAACUGGAAUAUGUACACAUUUAAGACGGUUGCCUUGCUGUAUGAAUCUACACAGCUGGUGUUGUGGUUGUGAUUGUUACGCUAGGAGAACACUACUAAGGAAUAGCACAAAUAAUUUAACGAAUGUUGAAAACACAGGGGGCGAUGGUACGUCUGCCACAUGCUUAAUACAUAGACCAAACUUCAGCGGGAUCAAACCAGGAUUUAGACGAGAAUCUAGACUACAAGAAAAGCUCAACAGAAAGAAUAUCCUUGUCGCAUGCACUAGGAGCAACGGUAACAAACAUAUGCCGGAAUCGAUAGAACUCAUGGAUAGCAACAAAAGUUUAUACCAACAAAACACGCCCGCAAAAAGACCGUUUAACAGACGUCCAUCAGGACUUCCGCUGGCAAACAGGAAAAUGACACACGGUGGAAUUAUAUUGUUGGAAUCUUACGGAAAGAGAGUGCAAAAGACAGACAUUAACAAUGACAUGGCUGAGACGAAUAAUUUGUUAAAUGAAGGUGAUGAAAAGAAAGUGAAAUCCCAACCCUCCAACUUGAUUCAACGCACAUUAAAUGUAUAAGCCAUUAUAAAGUAUACAAAUUAUAUGGUAUACGAUGUAAUUAUAUUUUCUUGUUGAUUAUGCUCAAUAUAAAAGAUAUAAUGUUAAAUAUUUAA